AUGUCGUGGGUUGCAGAGGUUGAAGCUAGGUCUUUCCAAGAUUCGGAAAAAGAGACUUGGGCUCAUUUUAGGGAAUCUCUUCCUUCCUAUGGUUGUACUCAGCUGCAAUACAUGGAGCCAUUACAGAAAGACGGUAAGCUAGUUGCUAAAUUGGAUGUUGAUGAGAUUGAAGUGGAAGCUUCAUUUUGGAAAUCUGCUCUGAUCUUUGUGGUGAUAGGUGCUAAUCCUCCAUUAGCUAUUUUUGAAGGGUUUAUUAAACGGAUUUGGGGCAAGCUCGGUAUUGAGCGAGUGGCUCGAAUGAAUGCAGGGUUCACAAUGGUGAAGUUUAGAGAUGAAGCUACUCGUGAUCUGGUACUGGAAUCUGGGGUGAUUCAUUUUGACAAGAAGCCUGUAGUUCUACGUCCCUGGACAAUAGAUAUCGAUUCCUUGAGGUCAGUAAAAUCAGUGCCUGUGUGGAUUAGAUUACCUGAUCUUGGUUUACAAUAUUGGGGAGUGAAGGGUUUGAGUGCUCUUUUCAGUACAAUUGGUAAAACUAUAAUGAUAGAUAAGAUCACCAAGGAAAGGUCUAUGAUUAAGUUUGCUCGAGUCUUAGUAGAUAUGGAAAUUGCAGAAAAUCUACCUCAAUACAUCAACUAUCUAAAUGAGAGGGGUCAUGUUAUGGAACAACCUAUUGAGUAUGAAGGGUUACCUACAAAAUGCUCUAAUUGUAAGAAGUUGGGACAUACAGUAGCCUCUUGUAAAUUUGUUUCUGAAGUAGCCUGGAGGAAGAAAGAGUCUAAGAGUAACCUAGAGACUGAUCCAUCUACGGCUGUCGAUAGUUUAAAUCUGAAUAGCUCUGCCCCGAUUCAGCAGCCUCAACUAGGAAUUGCCCAACCAAGUGAAGGACCCAAAGAGUUUAACUGGUCAUUUCCGAAAAGAUUUGGGGUAGUGAAACCUGCUGAACAGAUUCCAGUUGAACAGACCAGGAACUCUUUCAGUGUGCUCUAA